AUGUUUUCUUUCAGUGACUAUCACAUUGCUGACAAAUUGGCUCCUUACAAAAAACUGUAUGAUAACUGCUCUGAAUAUCUGAGCAAAUUCGAUAUUUGGACUCAAUCGAAAAUUGGAACCUAUAAUCCUGUCGAUAUUGACUCAGAUGUCAAUCUGUUUUAUGAAAAUAUCUCGGAUCUUGAAAAAGUUUUCACUCAUUUCCAGGAACCUCAUCGUUUGGCCAAUACUGUUCGAUUACAUUUAGAUAACUUCAAAGAACACAUGCCUCUCAUCAUGACCUUAGGGAACCCAGGUCUAAAAGAUCGUCAUUGGGAAAUGAUAUCCGAAAUCGUAGGUUUUCCAUUGAAACCAGACGCAGACCUCACCUUGGCCAAACUGAUUGACUAUGGAAUCGAAGAGUACAUAGCUCGUUUCGAAGUAGUCAGUGAUUCGGCAACGAAAGAAAAUAACUUAGAAAAGAAAUUGAAUCAAAUGAUGGAAGAGUGGAAAGAAAUGCAGUUCACUUUAGCAUCAUAUCGGGAUACUGGAACGUACAUUCUGUCUGCGGUGGAUGAAAUUCAAGUUUUACUGGAUGAUCAUAUAGUGAAAACACAAACCAUGAAGAACUCGCCCUUUGUCAAACCAUUUGAACCCAUUAUUGUAGCGUGGGAAACUAAAUUGACUCUCUUGCAAGAAGUUCUUGACGAAUGGUUGAAAGUGCAAAUAACAUGGAUCUACUUAGAGCCAAUUUUUUCAUCGCCAGAUAUUCAGCAACAGAUGCCAGAGGAAGGACGUAGAUUCAGUGCAGUGGACAAGGCUUGGAAAGACAUCAUGAAAGCAGUUGCAUCUGAUACGAAAGUGAUGACUGUGAUUGUCAUUGACAAAAUGCAUGAACGAUUAGUGAAAUGUAAUAAUCUACUCGAAAUGAUUCAAAGAGGUCUGAAUGAUUAUUUAGAAAAAAAACGUUUGUUUUUCCCAAGAUUUUUCUUCCUAUCAAAUGACGAACUCUUGGAAAUUCUUUCUGAGACUAAAAAUCCAACGAGAGUACAGUUGCACCUUCGAAAGUGUUUUGAGGGUAUUUUCAAAUUAACGUUUACGGAGGAUUUGGACAUCACAACAAUAAUAUCGAGUGAAGAUGAACAAGUUGAAUUAGAUGACAUUGUCAGUACAGGAGCAGCACGUGGUCAAGUUGAAAAGUGGCUGCUACUCCUUGAGAGCAGCAUGAAGAAAUGCAUAUGGCAGAGAAUGAAAGAUGCGAUCAGAACACAUGAUUUUUUGAAAUGGAGUGAAUGGAUUUAUCAGUGGCCUGCUCAGACUAUAUUAUCUAGCUUUCGAAUAUUUGUAACUGCUGAAAUCAAUGAUGCUUUGAGCCAGUCACCUCAAAGAUUGGAGCAGUUUUGCAAUGCAUGUCUAACAAAAAUACAGAGUCUCAUAUUUCUGCAAAGAACUAAACUUUCAGCUCUGCGCCGAAUUUCAACUAGUGCUCUGAUUAUAACCAUGGAGUACAGUUUAGAUGUCGUAACCGAAUUGUUAAAAAAGAGAAUUUGCUCCAAUCAAGAUCCAGAGUGGUUGUCCCAACUUCAUUAUUACUGGAAAGAUGAAGAUUUAGAAAUUCGUAUGAUGAAUCUUAAGCUUAAUUACUGUCAUGAAUACUUAGGCAGCUCUGAUCGUUUAGUCAUCACACCUCUAACGCAGCGCUGCUAUAGAUCUUUAUUCAAUGCCCUCACUUUUCAUUUGGGUGGAGGAUUGGCUGGUCCAACAGGAACAGGAAAAGUUGAAACUGUCAGAGAUUUAGCUAAAGCUCUUGGAAAACAAUGCAUCAUUUUUAACUGUUCCAGUGGCUUCCGCUUUUACACUCUGAGCAAAUUUUUUAAGGGUCUAGCGUCCUGUGGAGCCUGGGUCUGUUUUUCUGAUUUCGAUCGUAUUUCUCUCAAUGUGCUAUCAGUCAUUGCUCAACAAAUCCAGACUGUCUACUGGAGUAUAUCAUGUGGCAGAGACACUUUACUUUUUGAAGGCACAAUUCUGAAGCUUGAUCCUACCAGUUCUAUAUUUAUAUCUACGGCAUUAGGUUAUGCAGAGAGAAUUGAAUUGCCGGACAACAUGAAGGCGUCAUUUCGAUCCGUCUCUAUGAUGAAGCCUGAUUUAGAGCAAAUCACGCGUGUUUUGUUGAAAUCCUCUGGGUUCUCUGAAGCUAAUAUGCUAGCUACCAAAAUUAUCUCAGUCCACAAACUAGCUAUCCAAGAGCUGUCGCAUCAACGCCAUUAUGAUUUCGGACUUAGAAGCAUCAAGGCUGUACUGAAAUUGUUACAAGAAGCACAACCUCUUCCAUCCAAAGAAAAUGAAUCAGAAAUAGUAGUAGAAGCAAUGAAGAAAGUUAAUUUUUCAAAAUUGAAGGAGGUUGACUUGCCCCUAUUUAAUAUGAUUUUGACAGAUUUAUUUCCAAACGUUGUGCCAGCUAAACCUAAUAAUGAUAAUCUUCAACGUUUUAUUAAUGAAGCAUGUCACUCAGCCAACCUUCAAUGUAAUGCUUUCUUUCUAGAAAAAGUACUCCAGAUCUAUGAAAUGCUAUCAGUGCGACAAGGGGUUGCAAUAAUUGGCAAACCAUUUGGUGGUAAAACUAGUGCCUACAGAGUUCUCUCCGAAGCUUUAUUUAUGCUGGAAGAUUUGGGUGAGUCAUCAAAGCACAAAGUAGAAAUGACAAUAAUUAAUCCAAAAUCAAUCACAAGCGGUCAAUUAUAUGGGCAGUUUGAUCCCAUCUCCUGCGAAUGGUCUGAUGGCAUUUUACCCGUGAGCUAUAGACAGUUUGCCUCUUCCACUAAUAAUAAUAGAAAAUGGUUGAUUUUUGAUGGACCAAUUGACUCUGUUUGGAUUGAAAACAUGAAUACAGUUCUGGAUAGCAGUCGCAAACUCUGCAUAAUGUCUGGAGAAGUGAUUCAGUUAUCUCCCACUACAAAUUUAAUUUUUGAAGCGAUGGAUCUCAUGGCAGCAUCGCCGGCUGUUGUAAGGAAGUGUUAUCUUCUCUCACUUCUAAAGCGUUUAAGUAUUCAAAAUAAUACUCGCACGUUAACGUAA